AUGAGAUACAUCGUUUCUGUCGACAUUGGCACGACCACUAUUCGGGCGUGUUUGUACGACGAGAAAUGUCGGCUUGUGGAAACAGCAUCGGAUAAAAUUCACAUUGAAAUUUCUGGCGAGAAGGAAGUUCGAGUCGAAAUUGAUCCUGAUAUGUUAUUCCGUCAAUUUGUCGAAGUUGUCUCCAGCGUACAGCCAACAACGAAACCCACACAAAAAUCAUCUGCUGGAGUGAUGGAAGAGCAAGAGCUGCGUGCACGCAAUGGAACAAAUCGUUCACCAUGA